GUUCUGGAUCAAAAAGCUCUACUUAUUAAAGUUAUUCUGAAUAUCUCGUGUUAAGGUGAAUAGUGCGCAUCAGUCUGGCACGAUGUUCUUGAUAAUAGACAGUAGAAUGGGUUGUUAUCCAUCCGAAUGCAUUGAGAGAUUUGCAGGGCUAGCUCUGCGUUGUUGCCAAGACAAGACUGAUAAUCGUCCGUCGAUGUCGGAUGUGGUGAGGGAACUAGAAUUCAUACUGAAAAUGAUGCCAGAGACUGAAUCAGUUUCAUCAGAUUCCACUUCAUCGUCUUCUAAUUCAGGCAAGUUGUUACAGUCAUCUUCAGCUUCUUCUGUUUCGUCAUCUAAUGUUUUGGGUAGUGAUCUUAGCAGUGGCGUUGUUCCAUCUAUCACACCUCGCUGACUGGCGACAGGCGGGCAAGACAGACAUACACAUACAUAUAUAGAUACCGUGAUCAUCAUAUAGCAGUAUUCAUAUUCUUGCCUACUGUUUGAUUUUGGUACGAGCGAGCGUGUGAGAUUAGAGGGCAUGAAUGAAAAUUGUUGUGUAAUUAUCGAGUGUAAAGUAUCAAAACCAUGUU